AUGUCACGCCUCAUAGUCAAGAACCUGCCUGCGUAUCUCACGCAAGAUGGCCUUCGCAAGCGUUUCGAAGCCUCCGACGGUCCGGGUGGGACACUCACCGACGUCAAGCUUGUUCUCAAGCCUGACGGCACCUCGCGCCGAUUUGGUUUCGUAGGGUACAAGUCCCCUGCUGAGGCCGAGCGUGUUCGCAAGUGGUUUAACCGGGCAUAUAUUGACUCGUCAAGGAUCACGGUCGACAUCGUCGAUGGCGUGAAGGAUGCUCCAACUCCUAGACCGAACAAACGGCCACGACUUGGGCCAUCACCGUCUGAAGCGGGGGCUGUAGCGGACGCGACGAGCAAGCCAGCAGCCACCAAGAAGGGCAAGCAGUCCUCCGGUGCUCAGCUCGACGAGUUUAUGCAAGUGAUGCAACCUCGCACAAAGAAAGGUCCGUCAUGGAAGGAUGAUGACCCCGUCGUCGGCGCCGUAUCACCAGACGCCUCGUCUGUUUUGCCCAAGAAGCAAAGGAAGAAGGCGAAGGAUGAGCCAGAGAGCCUAGCCGACCAAGAAACGCCCGUUGACACCAUGACAGAAGCAUUUCGUCAAACUUCGCGGCUCUUUCUACGAAAUCUCGCCUUCACAUGUACAGAGGAUGAGCUUCGAGAUCUGUUCCAAGCUUACGGCGAGGUAUCUCAGGUGCACUUGGUGCUGGACUCGAACAGCAAGCAGCCGAAAGGCCUGGCAUAUCGCUCUGGCUGCUUUGAAGCGCUGGAUAAGACCUCAUUUCAAGGCCGACUACUACACAUACUACCCGCCGUGGACAGGCGAGGAAAGAAGCGUACGGUGAAGCAGGAUCGAGAGGCGAAGCGGAAGGCGACAGCUGGGAAGGAGUUCAACUGGGCCAUGUUGUACAUGAACAGCGAUGCUGUUGUGGCCUCAAUUGCAGAUCGCAUGAAGAUCUCCAAGGCGGACAUCCUGAACCCCGAGUCCGAGAAUGCGGCAGUGAAGCUCGCGCUCGCUGAGACGCACGUCAUCCAGGAAACGAAAACGUUCCUCGAGCAGCACGGCGUCGAAUUCAGCUCACUCGAACCCGAGGCGAACGGUGGACGUCGCCCCGCCCGCUCAGACCACAUCCUGCUCGUCAAGAACAUCCCGUAUGGGACCUCCGCCGCGGACGUCCGCGCGCUGUUCGAGCCGCAUGGCGCGCUCCGGCGCGUGCUCGUCCCGCCCGCCGGCACACUUGCCGUCGUCGAGUUCGAGCACGCGGACGAGGGUCGGAAGGCGUUCCGCGCAGUCGCGUACCGACGCCUCGGGAACUCUAUCGUCUACCUCGAGAAGGGCCCCGAAGGGCUUUUCCUCACCGACGAGCCGAUGGCCGACAUUACCUCCGCGGACGUGUCGGCGGCUCUUGUUCCGGCGGCGGCGGCGGCGGAAGGGGAGCAGGGGUUGGCCGCGGGCACGACGCUGUUUGUGAAGAACCUCGCGUUCAGCACGACGGCGGAGAGGCUCACGCAGGUCGCCCGGCACCUGCCCGAGUUCGCGUUCGCGCGGGUGCAGACAAAGGCAGACCCGGCGCGCCCGGGCGUGCGGCUCAGCAUGGGCUACGGCUUCGUCGGUUUCAAGACGGCGGCGGGCGCGCAACGCGGGCUCAAGGCGCUCGACGGGACGGUGCUCGACGGUCACAAGCUCGCGGUCAAGUUCGCCGGGCGCGGCGCGGAGGAGAGCACGGCGGACAAGGAGACGGUGAAGGCGAGGACCACGAAGAUGAUCGUCAAGAAUGUGCCGUUCGAGGCGACGAAGAAGGACAUUCGCGAGCUGUUUGGCGCUCACGCCCAGCUCAAGUCCGUGCGCCUCCCGCGCAAGUUCGACCACCGCACGCGCGGGUUCGCGUUCCUCGAUUUCACGACGCGGCACGAGGCCGAACGCGCGUACGCAACGCUCCGGCACACGCAUUUCCUCGGUCGCCACCUCGUGCUCGAGUGGGCGGAGGAGGGCGAGGCGGACGUCGAGAAGCUGCGCGAGAAGGCGGGCGUCAGCUUUGGCGGCGGCGCGGAGAUGCCUGGCAGGAAGCGCAAGCUCGAUCUGGCGACGGGGAGGACGAGGCACGACUUGUUCCGUCCCUCGUAUGCGUUUCAAGUCUUUUUCGCGCCCAUGUUUGCGUUGUCCAUUAGCGCGUGCAUGCUGUGA